AAAUCGACACCAAAAGCAAACAAUUUUAAUAAUGGGCGACUAUCAGAUAAAUGUGCACUGCGAAUGUUACCAUCGUCGUGGAUUGCUCUACCUAGCCCGCCCCUGGGCGUGGGGGCGUCCCUGUCGUCGUUGCCGUCGCGGUCAAAACGUGAUCGUCGUCACCCCCUCGGGGGCGCAACCUCAUCUGACUACCGUACAAGCUGUUGCCCCGUUCCAAAUGGUGACCCCAGCUCAGACCACCAGGCCGAUGCCGAUGCCGAUGUCGAUGCCGCCACCGGCGUAUACUCAACAAGAUGCCUUCGAGGUGAUGCCUUCGGCCUUGCCGCCCAAAUACAACAACGCCGUCGCCGCUCACUAAAUGUUGUAAUCAAAAAUAUGCAAAUAUGGAGAGUGUUGCACAGUAGUUUUGAGCCUGUGGGCUGACAUUUAAAUAAAUAGCAAUGCAAAUGUAAAAA